AUCGCCCAAGCCCACUUACCUCGUUCUGUGAUUGGGCACUAAACAACUCAUCAUCUACAAGCGCCUAUUAUCGUCGCUGUUUUGUGCCGUCACGUCUCAGUCGUAAACAUGGAGGAGAGAGAAGCGCUGAAGAGGCAAAUUGAACUUCUACAAAAUCUAAUCGAUAAACACAAGAGUGUCCAUGGCGACACCCCAUUUGCAGGAGUCGAACAGAGACAACCUGAAGCUCCAACAUCAGCCCAAGGUUGUAGCACAUCUGUCAUCCAUCCUCAGAGCUCCAGAGGUAGUCUCUAUGCUCCUCAGAGCCGUGCAGGUUGGAGGAAAACCUACUCCCUGAGAAACAAGAACUCACAGUCCUCUGCUGGACAUCCCUCAGCGUCUACCUCCUCCUCUGUUCAUCAGUCUAGUUCCCACAGUUUACCUCGCAGCACCUCACUGCCGAGCCACAGCAGAGGAGAGUGGAGUGAUGGUGCCAAAACUGCCAGUUUAUCAUCAGGGAUCUCUCAACAGAACAGAGAAGGACUUAUAAAGAACGUCGCUGGGAUUAAGGGAAAAAUGACAGACGCACUUAGAAAAAUGGGAGCAGCUGAUGGAAAAGGAGGUUCAGGCUCAACAGGUGCUAGUCUGCAACAUGAAACGCUUCAAAGACAGAUUCAGGAAUUACAGCAGAGUGCUAAGAGCAGGCGUGUACUACUGCUAGAAAAGAAAAUCAGUAGUUCAUCAGAAGUGCUCUCUUCGGUCAAGACCAGCACCUCAAGCACUUUAAAUAGCAGCAGUCAAGAACAGAUAAAACCACCACUGCCAAGCAAAAUCAGCACUGAGACUCAACAGACUAUUAAAACACCUCCCGCUACUCCCAUUGCUGGUGAUACUCUUCCACCACUCUCUGCUCUGUCUCAAAUAUCGAAACAACCUUCCACUAUCCCCAUAUCUCAGACCCGCCAUGGCCAAAUCGGUGCAUCUUUUAUGAAAAAAUCCAAGUUCAUCUGGAUAAAGAGCAAGAAUGUAGGAGUGGGGCCUAAACAAGCUAACUACAUUACCUCACCUACUGGCAAAGCUGUGAGUGCUUCACCCACGUCAGUCUCAAGAGUUGCCAGUGGAAGCUCGCCCUUACUCACAGUCAGUAAGAGAACCCCUGCCAAGAAGUUACCCCGUAAGCUAAGCUCAGUCGCUGUAGUCCCCAGGACCUCCAAGUACAAAUGGGUCUCCUCCUCCUCUGGGUCCCAAGCUAAAACAUCUCGAAAAUCACUAUCGCCCAAAGCCAUGACUCUUUCCCAGAGAGCUCAGGAGAAGGGAGAGUCCAUCAAGAAAGUCAGAACAGCUUCCAUACCCCCUGCUAACUUAACAAAGGAAAUUGCAGGUUCCUCUACCAGCUCCACACUGAGUAGCCGUUACAGCUGGAAGGCUGGAGGUCAGAGCACCUUGCCAGCAGUGACAGGAGGAUCAGCAGUGGGUCGUUGUAGAUCUGCCUUCCACUGGACGUCUGAAAAAAGCAACAAAGGAGUGAGAGGAGUGCUUGUUACUUCCCCAUCUGGAGCCCAGCGUUUUGCCCUUACUCCCUCUCCUGGUGGGUUCAAGCUCCGCAGCAGGAUGAAAAUCAUCAGGAAGUCUGCUAGUAGUGGAGGUGGGUCAGAGAGGGGGAUCAGCCCCUCAGCCACAAAGUACUCCACACGGGGUCGGAUUCACCGCUCAAUCAGGAGUCCCAUAGCAGUCAGGAGGACGCCCUCCAGGGAGCUUGUGUCUUUUGGUAGACACAGGUUGAGGCGACUGUCCCACACAUCCUCAAGGACAAGUCCCGCUUCCUCCACCCAGCGUAGCCCUGCCUCUCAGCGGGUAUACAGGACACGCUACAAGAUUGUGACCCGCCCAGGCUCUAGUGCUGCACCCACCCACCACUACAACCCUGCCCUCUCCUGGAGAGCCAAGAGGAUCCAGUCUGCCAGGAGUUUCCUUCAGAGCCGUCUACGAGCACCACCCAAUGACAGACACCUGUCACCCACCCAGCACUGGAGAGGAAGCAGAAUCUGCUGGAUUCAUGGUACCCUGUACCAGGUGUCAGCCAAUAAGCUGUCCCGUACUGUGGCAUCAAAUAUGUCGAUCAACCGAACAGGAAGGUUUUUGAGCACCGCUCAGGUCUCAUCCACGAAUCCCAAUUUCAGCCGACCCUUUAGUACUCGUCAUUUAGCCAGCCGUGCAGUCCAGAGGAGCCUCGCCAUAAUCAGACACGCUCGUCAGAAGAAGCAGUCGAAGCAGUACUGCAUGUACUACAACCGCUUUGGCAAGUGUAACCGUGGCAACAGUUGCCCCUACAUCCAUGACCCAGACAAGGUGGCCGUCUGCACCAGGUUUCUUCGAGGCACGUGCAAGCAGGCAGAUGGGACUUGCCCGUUCUCCCAUAAGGUGGCAAAGGAAAAGAUGCCGGUGUGUUCAUAUUUCCUGAAGGGAAUCUGUAACAACAGCAACUGUCCCUACAGUCAUGUCUAUGUGUCUCGCAAAGCUGAAGUGUGUGAGGACUUUGUCAAGGGUUACUGUCCUGAGGGAGAGAAGUGUAAGAAGAAACACACUCUGGUGUGUCCAGACUUCACCAAGACUGGAUCCUGUCCCCGGGGAGGCCGCUGUAAGCUUCAGCACCGCCAACGAGCCAAACGAAGCGCAAGCAACACCACCACCACCCCUGUCAAGAGAGCCCGAGUCAAGGAGCCCUCCAAGAGGCCCUGCCUCUCUGUCCUCAUCCCAGAGGUCUCUCAGGUAGCUCCAGGUGAGCCCACCAAAGGUCCUCUGGCACUGCCAUCAUUCAUCUCCCUCUCCAGCUCCCCAGAGGAGGCAGAUGCACCAGGCACACCACUUGCUGAGACCUCACAGGUUAAAGAGAAAAAACUGCAGAUCAAGCCUCGGCUGUGAGUCGACAGAGGCCAGCAGCACUGGAGGUGAAAAACACUGUGCUCACUGUGGUUUUUCCUGACAGGUGUACUGUAUAUGUGUCUCUUCCUUUCAAUUUCUUUACUCAGGGCCUGAAAGUUUUAUCUUCUGUAUCAUUAUUUGUGUUUUACAUCACUUUGGGUGUUUACAACACAGAUUUUCUCAUCAGGUUUUGUACAUUUUAAGAAGACAAAUAAAAUAUCAACCCUUGCUAUA